AACAUUCUUGUUUCUAUAGUAACCGCUAACUGCUCAGUUUUUUUUAGAAGAAUACUUAGCUUUCAUUCAGUUAGCUUAAAAAGUUAAGGUCUGUGUUGCUAAGCAGUCGGUGUUGACCUGGAAAAGAAACAUGAGCAAAGUAAAAGCUGGUAAAGGUGGCCCCAAGCCUCAGCCACCAUCCACACUGAGGAAAGGAUCCUCAUCUGCUCUUGGGAACCCGAGCUUCCGACGAGCAAGCCAGGUCAUGAGCAGGAGCAUCAUGGAGUCCAAAGCAAGGCUGCACAAUCCUUCUAGAGCACCACGAAGAAAGGAUGAGGAUGGUUUUCGUGAUGAGUAUGAUGAUGCUGACGGGGAUUGGGGUGGACCCAAGGAACUCAUCAGACCAGAGGACCAGAUAGAGCUGGGUGAGAAAGAGCUCAAGGAAGAGUUCACUCGAGUGCUCACUGCUGAUAAUCCACAUGCCCCGGCUAACAUUGUUCGCUACAACUUCAAGGACAAGCAUUUCAAACAGGUAGCGGCCAUUGAUCAGCUAGCCAUCCACUUUGCCAUGGAAAGCAAUCUUCUGCAUAAGGACAGUGACGAGGCUCAGCGUCAGCUUAACAAGGAUGCUGACCAAUCAGAUGAAAGCGAGGUCGAAGAUGAUGGGGAGGAGGAGGAGGGGCCAGAGUCUGGAGACAAGCAGUCUGGUGGAGAGCAGAAGCAAUUGAGAAACCAGUUUAAUUACUCUGAGAGAGCUUCACAAACUCUCAAUAACCCAUUCAGAGACAGGGGUACUGCAACUGAGCCACCUCCAAGAGCUGACUUCUCAGUCAAUGCUAACCAGAUGGAGAUAUUCGAUGCCUACGUGGAAGAUCUCAUCAAGCAAGACAAGGCCAAAGAGAAAAAGGGCAAAGGUGAGGAAGUUAAAAAGGAGACGAAGUCUUCAAGCUCUGAGAUAUCAAGUGAUGACAUUACACGAGUGAAGACUGCCGCCAAGAUCAUGGAGCGAAUGGUCAAUCAGAACACAUUCGAUGAAAUUGCCCAAGAUUUCAAGUAUUAUGAUGACCCUGGAGACCAGUUUAGAGAUAAUGUGGGCUCAAUGCUUCCCCUCUGGCGGUUCAAAUUUGACAAGGCGGCUCGAAAAGCAGCUAUUACAGCACUGUCAUGGAACCCUCUGUACAGUGACCUGUUUGCUGUGGGUCGUGGUUCUUAUGAGUUCACUGAUCAAGGCAGUGGAGGGUUGAUUUGCUUCCAUUCUCUGAAGAACCCAACCUAUCCUGAGUAUAUCUUUGAGACCCCCAGUGGAGUGAUGUGUUUGGACAUACACCCUGAGCACCCCUACCUAGUGGCCGCAGGGCUCUAUGAUGGCACUGUGCUCGUCUAUGACCUUCAAGAGAACUCUAAAGAGGCCAUCUACAAGGCCACCGCUAACACCGGGAAACAUUCAGACCCUGUCUGGCAGGUGAGCUGGCAGAAAAAUGAUAUGGAUGGCAACCUCAACUUCUACUCUGUGUCUGCUGACGGUCGAGUGGUCACAUGGAAACUGGUCAAAAAUGAGCUUCAAUUCCAAGAUGCUCUUACACUCAAGAACAGUGUCGAGGGGCAGAAGGAUUUCACACUCAGCUCUGGUACAGCGAUUGGAUUCAGUCCAUUUGUUGACCACUUGUUCUUAGUUGGCUCUGAAGAGGGCCAGAUUUACAAGUGCUCUAAAGCCUACACUACCCACUACCUCGACGUGUACAAGGCCCAUCACAUGGCAGUACACUCCAUCAGCUGGAACCCUUUCCAUCAAAAUGUUUUUGCCUCUUGUGGAGCUGACUGGACAGUCAAAAUAUGGGACCACACUAGAAAGAAUCCAAUGUUCUCCUUUGACCUCAACAAUGUUGUUGGAGACGUGGCAUGGUCGCCAUAUUGCUCUACUGUAUUUGCUGCUGUAACUGCAGGUGGCAAGGCGUAUGUGUUUGACCUCAGUAUCAACAAGUACGAGCCACUCUGCGUCCAAUCAGUGAUUCAGAAAAAGCGCACUAAACUGACUCAUGUGUGCUUCAACCCUGUCUAUCCGAUAGUCAUCAUUGGUGAUGAUAGGGGCACCGUCAUCUGUCUCAAACUCUCUCCUAACCUCCGGAAGAACCUCACGGAGAAGAAUCGAACCAAAGACACAGAGGUGGCAAGGAUUGAGAAACUUAUCUCGUUUGUGCGUGAACCACUACUCGAGAAGCAACGGGAAAACUGAUGGAAAGACAAUAGCAUUAUCUCAUAAGUAACGUCUACGUGUACAUACAUAAAAAUUAGACACAUCUUGUACCCUC